GGUGGAGGCGGUGCGCGGGACACGUCAGGCAGGGGAGCAGGCUGCGCCUGUGGCAGAAGUGAGGAACUGUGUAUAAACCUGUAAGAGAAGCAAAAAUGACAGAUGAUAUCAAGAAAAGGUUUGAUUUUCCGAAUUCUCUUAUCCAGUCACAGGCUGUAGGUCAUCUUAUUGCUGCCGUCUUAAAAGAACAUGGAGUUUCAGAAAAGAUACGCCAAUCCACAAACCAGACGCCUGCCUUGAACUUGCUGUGGGAGAAGUGCUGCAGUGACCAUGUGGUUGUGCGAACAGCCUGCAGUGAGGGACUGGUGGCACUUGUCGCUCAGGGUCACGCGGAGUUCAGCUACGUUCUCAAUGGGAUACUCAACCUGAUUCCUUCUGCCAGGAAUAUGUCUGGUUUGAUAAAAGCCCUUAUGAAAUUAUUACAGAUGCAAGCAUUGAGGGAAAGUCAAAGUGGGGAAAAGGACAUUCAGGAUAUGUAUUCUAUCAGAAAUCCUCCUCAUCCUUUGAUCACCGUGCUUGAGCACAGGCCUGAUUGCUGGCCACUACUUCUGCAGCAGCUGACAGCUUUUUUCCAGCAAUGCCCUGAAAGGUCAGAAGCUUCAUGUGUUCAAAUAAUGGCACCAUUUCUAUGGUAUCUCUACUGUGAACCAUCCCAGUUACAAGAAUAUGCUAAACUUCGACUGUCCCUGCUCAAAGUCUUACUUCCGCCCAGAGGUGUUUGUGAGGAAGCGCAGCCGUCAGUAUUGGAGCAGCACAUGCUUCAGGUGUUCUGUGACAUGGUUCCAUGCUUGCAGAUGAGAGAUCUGAUGCAGACAACAGAGAUGCUGAUGUUCAUGGAGGAAGUAUAUCUAAGCCUUCUGCGCCAUCCUGUUUUCUGGAAAAGUGAGCUUACCCAGAUGACUCUUCAGCUGCUGUGUAUCUGUGAAGUCAGUUUAAAGAUAACUGGGGAAUGCUCAUCUUUAAUUCAACUUUUAGAGCUCAGUGUUAACGUUCUUGAGGAGGAUUUUCCUGCCAAAUUGGUUUUUAUUGGAAUUUCUUUAAUACUUCUACAGACUCCAGCAAGUCAACAGAAGCCACUAUUAAACCUAGCUCUGAAGCUCCUCUCACUUACCGACGGUCAGAACAUCCCGCAGGCGUCCCUGCUGCUCCUGGUACCUCUUCUGCAGAUCCUGUCUUCCACUGCCCUGGAAGACUGUCUGGCCAUGGGUGAGGAAGGCCCCUCCAGGCAGCAGUUAGCACUCAGUCUUCUGGAAGUGCUACAGAGAGCGUGUUAUGAAGACGACUGCCACACUCAAGACGACUGCCACACGAUCUCCUGCAGACUUACUUUUCCUAUAAGCAGCAUGUACAGCUCAGUCUUCACAGCCUGGAGGAUUCUUGAAGUCAUCGAGGAAGAGUCUGCAGCCAGUGACUGGCUGACCGCAGUGGAGUCCUUGCUUCCUGCCACCACAGUGGUACCCCCACACGUUUUCCUACUGCUGGCUCACCUGCUUGUUGAAGAUGGAGGACAUAAUCUUCUGCAGAUACUGAGGGUCACCACACAGUUAGCUCAAGCAGAUUCCUCUCAGGUGCCAAAUCUGAUUCCAGUUUUGAUGUUCAAAUUGGGAAGACCCUUGGACCCUAUAUCAUACAAUUAUAUAUUGUAUACUUUGCCUACUCUUGGUGUUCACAAGGUAUGCAUAGGGCAGAUCCUGCGGGUAAUUCAACUACUUGGGACCACACCACGACUAAGAGCUAUCACGUUACGCCUGUUGACAUCUCUGUGGGAAAAGCAGGAUCGUGUGUACCCUGAACUGCAGCGGUUCAUGGCCAUGUCUGACGCACCCUCCCUCUCUGUGGGCAAGGAGCUGCAGUGGGAGAAACUGAUUGCAAAAGCUGCGUCCAUCAGAGAUAUAUGUAAAAAGAGACCCUAUCAGCAUGGUGCAGACAUGCUGGCAGCCAUUUCCCAGGUGUUGAAUGAAUGCACCAAGCCUGAUCAAGCUACCCCAGCUGCCUUGGUGCUCCAAGGCCUUCAUGCACUCUGCCAGGCUGAGGUUGUCUGUAUUCGCUCCACUUGGAAUGCUCUUUCUCCAAAGCUGAGCUGUGACAUGAGACCACUCAUAUUGAAGACCCUGAGUGAACUGUUCUCUCUGGUUCCUUCCUUAACAGUCAGUACAGCUGAAUAUGAGAAUUUUAAAGUUCAAGUCCUCAGUUUCCUCUGGACUCACACCCAAAACAAGGAUCCCAUUGUAGCAAGUGCUGCAUACAAAUCUCUGUCUCACUUCAGUGCCAGAGAACACACCAUUCUUCACCUGCCGGAAGAGAUAAGGCCAGAAAUGCCUGUUCCUGAUGAGUUGGAUGAAGAGGAGUCUGUGGACCUUUCCAUUCCUGGCGCUUGCUAUCUCAGACUGUUGUCCAUCACUGCUCCUUCGGUUUUACCAGCCUUGGAAGAAUUCUUUACAUCUCUUGUGAGACAAGAAAUGGUGAAUAUGCCCCGUGGGAUAUAUCACUCCGCAUUGAGAGGAGGCGUCCGCUCAGACCAAGGGAAGACAGUAGCAGGGAUCCCCAACUUUAUAUUGAAGACCUACGAAACAAACAAGCAGCCAGGACUGAAGCCUGGCCUGGCAGGUGGCAUGCUGUUUUGCUAUGAUGUUGCCAUGUACCAGAGCAAAGAUGGCAAGCCACUGAAUCGGCUGAUGGCCAGUAGAGGGCGAAGCUUCAAGCAGACAACCUUGGCCCUGGUUCAUGAAGUCCAUGUCCAGCUUUCAGAAUGGCACCGUGCAAUCUUUCUUCCACAGGCCUGGCUGGCAUAUAUGACUCGAGCUUACCAUGCCAUUUUACAGGGAAGGAUAGCAGAGCUGGAGCUGCAGUUGCAACAUGGCAAGGAAGGCCCUGAGGAGGUGCAGUCCAAACGAAGCACAGCCUGGCUCUGGGUCAGAGACAUGCUGACAGAUGAGAUCACCAAGACAGCUGCGAAAGAGAGUCCGGUGGUCAAAGGCAAUGCACUGCUGGCCCUGAGCAGCCUUGCUGUCGUGGUGUGCAAGCAUGAAGCGAGCCUUUCCUCAGAGGCUGAUGGAGUCCUGGAGGUCCAACCUAAUUUCCUUCCAGUGAAAGAGUGGGUUUCCAUGGUUCUUACUACUCUCCUGGUCAUUGUGGACAGCCAUUACCACCCCAGAGGGCAACUCUUCACCUGCUUUUAUCAUAAGUCCUAUUCUGGUGAGAACACGGCAAGUGCUAUUGCGCGCUCUGCCGCUGCCACGGCUUUGUCUCUCCUGGUGCCGGUUUUCAUUAUCUCGUGCAAAGAGAAGGUUGAGGAAAUCCUGAACAUGCUGACUGCCAGGUUACCUGGGAAACCAAGUGCUGAUGAAUCUCAAGCCGUGCAAAUCCAUAUGGGCCUUGCAUUGGGGAUGUUUCUCUCGCGCUUGUGUGAAGAGAAACUCAGUGAUAUGUCUGGCCAACAGAUGAACCUUCUUCUGAUGAAGUCCUUGGAUGCCCUGGAAAGCUGCUGUUUUGACCCCAGUCUUGAAUACAACACCGGCUGUAUACUGGGAGUUGGACUUGCCCUGUCCCUCAUGAGCCACAGCAGCCGCACGGAGUCACGAGUUCAUGUGGCAGCGUCUCUGCGGAAGCUGUCUACCUACCUAGAUGAGAGCAGGAACCAGAGCAGGACGUUUCAGGAGGUCCUCGCCUACACACUUAGCUGUGUGUGUACAUCAGCGUUCAGUGCUGGCAUUAUUGAAGCUGCGGAGGCUGAAGAUAUUAUGAGCAAGCUUCAGCUGUUGGUAGAGAACAGCCAGCAGACUUCAGGCUUUGCACUGGCUUUAGGAAACUUGGUCUAUGGUUUGUCUGUGUGUGGACAUGGAAAAGCUGAAGACUUGGGCAACAGACUUCGCCCCAGCUGGAUUAAAGUUGUCCUGACAGAGGGAGCCCCCACCAUGCUCUGUCUGGCCGCGCUCCAUGGGCUGGUGGCACUGGUCGGCUCCGAUGUGGAUGUCAUGCAGCUAAAGUCAGAGGCCAUCCAGAACACCCAUUGUCAAGCAAGACUUAAUGAAGUUAUUCGAACCUUAACUGAGGUUAUCAGUGUCUCAGGGGUGAUUGGUCUUCAGUCAAAUGCAAUAUGGCUGCUAGGACAUCUUCAUCUCUCUACCUUGUCUUCAAAUCAAAGCAGAACUUCUGUUCCUACUGACUACAGCUAUCUGCCCGAAGGCAGUUUUAUUAGAGCAGCCAUUGGCUUCUUCGUCACAGGAGGAAAAAAAGGUCCUGAAGCUGUGCCUCCAUCCCUUCUCAAAGUAGUGAUGAAACCCAUAGCAACUGUCGGUGAAAGUUACCAGUACCCUCCUGCAAACUUGGCGGCACUCCUCUCUCCGCUUAUGAGGCUAAACUUUGGUGAGGAGAUACAGCAACUGUGCCUUGAGAUUGCUGUGACUCAGGCACCGUCAUCGCAGAGUGCAGCCGCACUGCUGGGAUUGUGGGUGACACCACCACUGAUCCACGGUCUGAGCAUGAAUAUCAAGAAAUAUCUCCUGGUAUCCAUGCCUCUGUGGGCAAAGCAUGUCUCUGAUGAACAGAUCCAGGGUUUUGUUGAAAACCUGAUGGUGGCAGUUUUUAAAGAAGCUUCCCAACCUUGUCAUCAUGAGAUGUGCCAAAGUGCCUUACAGGGUCUGAGCCAGGCCAUGAAACUGCCCAGUCCUUCCCACCACCUCUGGAGUCUGCUCUGCGAUGCUACUUGGAGAAUUUUUGACCUUCUGCCAAAUAGGAUUAGGAGAAAUGAUCUCGAACUGUACAUCAGUAUAGCAAAGUGCCUCUCAGAGAUGACGGACGAAGGUGCCAGUCAGGUUUCCCAGAUUACUAAGGACAACCUGGAAAAGGCUGCCUUCGUCAAGUUGUACUUAGUCUCUCAAGGACGACUCCCUUUGAUGAGCCUGACUGAUCUACUCACUGCUGCUCUGCAGCACCCCGAGAAGGAGACUCUCGCCUGGAUGAUCCUGCACAGCUUAUACCAGGCACGCAUUGUCAACCAUACCAACACAGGUGUGUUGAAGAGACUGGAGUGGCUCUUGGAACUGAUGGGUUAUAUGAGAAACCUUGUUUACCAGUCACUGUCUGCUCAGAAUGUGGCUCCUCAUGAGGCUUUGGACUUCUUGGUGCUGGUAUUUGCAGCUGCAGUUGUGGCAUGGGCAGACCAUGAGGCCCCCCUUCUCCUCGGCCUCAGUGCCAGUUGGUUGCCAUGGCACCAGGAGAACGGCCCUGAUGGGCCAAAAGCAGCCUUGCUUGGCAGGAGUCCGAUGCAUAGAGUCACUGUUCAAGAGGUUCUCACUCAGCUCCCCAGUAGCAUGCUACUGUUGCUACAAAAAGAGCCAUGGAAGGAACAGACCCAGAAGUUCAUUGACUGGCUAUUUAGCAUGACGGAAGUUCCCAACGAAGCCUUUGCUGUAAAGUCCAAGUAUCUUUUGAAAGCCACCCUGCUGUCCUUGAGAGGUCUCCCAGAGUUUAAGAAGAAAGCUGUAUGGGCCAGAGCAUAUGGUUGGUGACAGUCACAGGACCCAGCAGCAUUCUCCACUGAAGGAGACAGACCAGAGAAACAGAAGCUUUUUAGGACUACUAUCUGAGAUCUGUGAGAAGUGAUCCUCGCCGUUGGAGGUCAUGAGAAGAUGGCUACAUACUGACAUCUCACUGUGCUUGUGGUCAGGAGACAGGUGCAUUCCUUGGGUACCUGGGCAUUUGAAACUGAAAUAGAGCAUGACUUCUAUAUGGACAGAGAUCAUUGUAAAAGUCUUCUUUUCUUUGUGAAAACUGGAAUAUAUUUUUCUCUCCCUUAAGUUCUAGUAAAAUAAUCUUAUGA